GCAGUCACCACUCCCCCUCCUCCUGCUGCUGCUUCACCGAGAGACCCCCCUCGAGAUGUCCGGCGGCGGGGGGGCACCUGGCUCCGGCAGCAACAGCAACGGCUACGGGCAUGGUUGGGUCGAGAAGAAGUCGAAGAAAUCAGAAAAUUCAGUUGGGAAGGGACAAAGAGCACCAUGCACUUCUUCCAAUACUUCACAUGCACCUAAUAGGGUGUGGCAAGUAAGGAACGGCAAUGGAUCUGGUUCGGUUCAACAUUCUGAUCGUAGGCCUGCUACCAGAUGCAUUUCUAGGUCACUUCCACAAAAUAAGCAUACACAAAGGAAACAGAAAGAACCAGUCUCAGUUGUGACUGCACCUCCUGCAAAUGGCUUGCAGUGGGUACCCAGGUCUAGCUCAUCUGUCUCUGACAGCAAUAAGGAUGAUGCUCCUACAUCCAGUUGUGACCCUAAAAUGGAAAAUGGUGAAGAUGACAAUGCAUACGACGAUGAUUCUGACAAUGUAUAUGAUGAUGAUGAUGAUUCUGAUGAUGAUAUGGUUGAUGAUACUGAGUCAACUGAGAAAAAUUUUGAGAUUCGGAAAAGACAUGAGCUGUUGAAAAGUAUUUUUGAACUUCUGGAGAAUUUAAGUGUUGAACAAAUAAAUGACAAGUCUAGGCACUGGCAUUGUCCAGCAUGCAAAAAUGUACGUGGUGGAGUUGCCUGGUACAAAGGGUUACAACCUUUGAUGAAUCAUGCUAGAACAAAGGGUUCUAAAAGGGUUAAGCUUCACAGAGAAUUAGCUGCAUUGCUGGAAGAGGAGCUGUAUCGUAUGGGAGUUUCAAUGGCACCAUCUGGUGAGUUUUUUGGAAUCUGGAAAGGAUUGCGAGAAAACACGGAUCGUCGGAUAGUAUGGCCACCGGUGGUUAUUGUUAUGAACACUCGAUUGGAACAAGACGAGGAUGGCAAGUGGAAAGGCAUGGGAAACCAAGAGCUCCGUGGUUAUUUCAUUAACUAUCAUGUGAAGGAAGCAUGCCAUGCUUAUGGUCCAGAUGGGCACAGUGGUAUGAGUGCACUAAUAUUUGAAGGAUCGGCUGUGGCCUAUAAGGAGGCAGAACGGUUGCACAAUCACUUUGUUGGUCAAAGAAUGGACAGGAAUGCAUGGUUGAAUCUCAGGGUCGUUGUACCUGGUGGGAAAAAGCAACUAUAUGGUUUCUUAGCUGAAAAAGAAGAUAUGGAGGAGUUCAAUAGAUCUCAUGAAAAAGACUAUUUGAAAUACGAGAUGACAUCUUAUAAUGAGAUGGUGGUUACUAGAUUAAAACAGAUGAGUGAAGACAACCAACAACUGAAUUACGUGAAGAACGAGUUGGUUAAGACAAAGCAACAUUCUAAAGAAGUAGAAAAAGCCUUGGGUGCUGAGACCCAGAAACUUCAGGAAGCAAUUGAAGAUAGUAUUAUUUUGAAGAGAAAAACCAAUGAGUUGUUCUUGGAGUGUGAGGAACAGAUGAAGUUUCAUGCAAAAUUUUAUCAUGAUCAAAUUGAAGGACUCCGCAAGGAUACCGAGCAGAAAGAAAGUGAGUUUGAAAGGUUGCUGCAGGAGGAGCUAGCACAAGCCAUAGAGUGUGAUGUUGACUAUGAAACUGCACAAAAUACAGAAAAUUGCAGGCUAAGUGAGGAGCAGAUACAAAGAAUCGUAGAUUGCCAGGUGAAGGACGUGAAGGAGUUUGGAGCUGAACAAGAUGAAUUGAUUAAAGCCCAUGAAGAGAAGAAGGCGAAGGUCAAGAAGGAGUACAUGGAGAAGGAUUUUGAGCUGGAGGAGGAGCUCUAUGCGGCUCUCACCAGUCUGAUGGAGAAACACAAGCCGGACAGCUUUCAAUCCUCCAGCUCUUGAAGAGCUAUGCUGUCCAUCUUGUCAAAAAUAAAAAUAAAUGAAAAAGAGCUGCAGCCCACCGAUACAUAUGCCUUGCUCACAACAAUCUCAAGAGGCUAUGCACUUCAUAAUGUACAUGCCGAUAUGUUAUUUGAACUGCUCAGAAAUUCUCUCCCAAGUCGCGUCUCUGCGCAAUCGUGUUGCAUCCACAAUUUGUUGUUCUGAUUCUGAAAUUUUUAUGCAUCUGCGAAGAUACCAGUCAAUUUGAUGAACUGGCAAACAGUUUCUUCUUCUUCUGCCAAAUUAAACCUAGACGGUUUUUAUCUCACUUGUAAGUUAACGCAAGGAAGAGAAAUAUCAAACAUAUUUGUGGUUCUACAGUUCUACUACUUUGCAGGCCAAAUAAUUCGGAAUUGUCAAGUACUACUAAGUCUUUAAUACUUCUAGAGAUUCAGAAAGUGUAAGCAUGGUUUGAAGUUUGGACUUCGGAAUGAGAAAU